ACUAAUAGUGGCAUCCCAAAGCCAUAGACUCGCGGCCGAAGCAGGCGGCCGCGGCCGCGGCGGCUCGGCCGCUCGGGACAAGGCGAACAGGCGGGACUCAGAGCAAGCGACUUGCGCGCGCACGGGGGUGCCAAGAAGGACCUGGAGCUCGCGCCAACCUGGGUGGUAUGCCGGCGUCGAGCUCCUCGUCGUCUCCUUGUCGGCAAGCUCUGGCCUGUGGGUGCGCUCCUCCUCCAGCCGAAGGGCGGAACAUCGGCGAACUUUUCAACCAGAGCAUGCAUAUGCCGUGGAUAUCUCCAUCAGAUAGGCGUAUGACGGUCUCUGACGAGCUACACUUCCUACUUGGAAACCAGGCUUCAGAGUUCAUACCGGCUGUCAUCAAGGCGAAUCAAGGCUUCUCGGCAAGCUGUUCGCAAUCUCGUUCCAGAAUGUAUGCAAGGUACAUAGUGGUACUUCAGAAGAAGAAGAAAAAAAAAAGACGCAGCCGCAAAUCUUAACGGCUCGAGAAGCCCGAGUGCCCUCCGAGAGCGCUUCAAAUAGCCCCUCCUACCGCUCAUCCGCCACGGCUAAUUUUCUGAUCAGCCAAUCUCAAGUCCGCUUCCACGCUUUCCCAAGAACCCGCCACCCAAUCCAAGCAAAUGGAUCCUCGUCGGCGCUUAGGCCGGUCACCACCACGCAAGAGGGAACGCCAGGCAUCGCCGGCGAACGACUACAGAAACCGCCAUCUCUGGCGCUCACCCCCUCGGGACUUCGCGCCCUCCUGGACAGGCGCGCCUUCUCCUCCUGCGGCCUUCUUGGAGCGGCCGCCCUCGCCUCCCCUUCCUCUCUGGCGCUACAUCGAUUACAGCCGCGAGGAGCCCUACGGCCCUCGGCCAAGAUUCGAGCCAUGGCGCGUGUCCUCGCCUUCGGGACCCCAGAGGGAGGCUGACAGCUUCGGCAAUGGAUUCUUGGACCAUGACUGGCCGGAGUACAGCCGCGAGAGCAACUACGGUACGCCUACGAGCACUAGAUUCUUGGAGUUCGCUGAUUCUUUCCCGGGGCAGAGUCGUUUCGAGCGCGGCCGUGGUGAUGACUUCAGGCGACCGAACCGCUCCCUGCCGCGGUCGCCAAUGGACUGGGAUUUGCCUCGCGGGCAUUCGCCUUUCUUUGCCGACGAGCACCAGUGCUCCAGUUCAAGACCAAGGGAUUGGACACCAGCUUUGGAUGAUCGCAGGCGGCGGGGCUCGUCGCCGCCAGGGCGCCACGAGGGACGCGGUCACGUGCAGUCCCGCGAUGAGACGUUCUAUCGCUCCGGCCCCUUCCCGGUGGAGCGCGGCCGCGGCGACGGCUUCGAGGCGACACCACGUCCAAGAUUCUCCCAUGGAGCCAUGUUCCCCGAGCGCUCCCCUGCCAUAAUCUUGGAGGGCGAGAGGCGAUGGACACCGUCUCCUCAGGAUCGCCGGCGGGGAGCUCUGUUCCCGGGGUCUGACGGCCAUGACCGCUGGACGCAGCGCUCCAUGGAGAGACUGGGGCAGCAGAGCUCGCCACGUGGAGACCGUGGGGGCUCGUUCCUGGAGACAGGAGACCGUGGGGAGCGCUACCCUUUGGGCCCGCCGCCUCCACACAAUCUCGGGGGCGGCAGCGGCGGCGGGUUCCCACCACGGCGGUUCUUUCGCGGGAGGGGCGGGCUCCAGCAAACUGGGCCGCCAGGCGGCAGCGGACGCCAGCGAUCGCCUCGCCAGAGCUCGGUACUCCCUGCGCUGCGCACCGAGCCUGAAGCGUCGGGCGGCAGCCGACGCAAGGGCAAGGCAUUCCCCCGGAAGAGGUCGCCCCGCCCUGUGCGCGGAGUGCUGUCGGAGAAGCAAGUGGCAGGUGCUAUCAAGUCGACAGGAGUCGAGGAGCCGCAGGGUCCUUCGGAAUCUAAGCAUGAUGAUUCAAAUGGGGCGGUCAGACCAGAAGCUGCAGAUAAUGAAGGGGCGAUCAAGCCAGAAGCUACGGUGGAUGAAGGAGAUGGGACUGGUCUGAUUGUAGGGAUGUGCACAGAUGUACAGAAAGGCUACUUCCGUCUCACGGGGCCUCCAGAUGCAACAAAGAUAAGACCAAAGCCUGUACUUGUAGAAGCCCUGAAGUUUGUCCAGGUCUCAAGUAAAGACUAUAAUUUUAAAACAGAUCAACUGAAAUCAAUUCGUCAAGAUAUGACUAUCCAGAACAUAGAGGAUGAACUUUCUGUGCAGGUUUAUGAGUAUCAUGCAAGACUUGCGUUGUGCAAUCGAGAUAUGGCUGAACUUAACUUGUGCCUCACGAAGCUGCACUGCCUCUAUGGGAAUAAGCGGAAUGGUGGCCAUCAUGGUGAAUUUGCAGCUUAUGUUAUAUUGUUAUCUGCGAUUCAAGACAAAAAUACUGAACUGAUGUCGAAACUUGGAAGGCUGUCAAGCGACCUGAAACAGCAAGAAGCUGUGAAGCAUGCGAAAGAAGUGGCUCACAGUAUACAGACAGGAAACUAUGCAUCAUUUUUCAAACUCUACAAGGUGGCUCCAAACCUCAAUGGCUACCUGAUGUGUCUCUGCUUUGAGAAGAUGAGAUUUGAAGGUUUAAAAUGUAUGGCAAAGGCCUACGCAACCAAGAUACCUGUUAAAUACGUAUCCAAAAUCUUAGGUUUUGCUGCAGUAGACGGAAGUGUUGAUUGGCUUAAAAGUCAUGGUGCUGUUUUAUCAUCCUUCGAGAACGGGGAGAUGGCUUUACUGCCAAAGGACUCUACAGCUCUCGUCUCUACGCCAGUUGUUGCUGCUGAUGGUAUUCGUGCUUUCCAAGCCCACUGAUCUGAUCCGCCGGUUGAACUGAAGAAUCACUGAUCAAAACUCCUCUGCUCGGGAUGGUGCUUGAUAACGCUGAAACAAUGUAGCUCUUGGGAACUCAUCAGCUGUUGUAUGUCCUCCCUGAUGUUAGUACUGAAACUUGUCGUCAUGGAUCCUGUUGGUUGGCUCAGUAGCUUAGCUAGAACAGAUUUAUUUCUUUUUUGUCGCCAUUGCGGCUUGCAUGUGGUUGAGCAAGAAUAUGGAUCCCCAUGUAGUAACAUUGUUAAUAUGUGAAGUAUUCCCUCCGUUCCUAAAUAUAAGUCUUUUUAGCCAUUUCAAAUGGACUACAA